AUGAAACCAGAAAAUGACUCACAGAUUUCAGAAUUCAUUCUUUUGGGAUUUUCAGAUGACCCAGAACUGCAGCCCCUAUUAUUUGUGCUCUUCCUGUCCAUGUACCUGAUCACCGUGCUGGGGAACCUGCUCAUCAUCCUGGCCGUCAGCUCAGACCCCCACCUCCACACGCCCAUGUACUUCUUCCUGUCCAACCUGUCCUUCGUGGAUAUCUGCUACACCUCCACCACCAUCCCCAAGAUGCUGGUGAAUAUACAGAGGGAAUGUAAAGUGAUCACAUACGAAGGCUGCAUGACUCAGAUGUACUUUGUCAUAGUCUUCGGUGUGUUAGAUGACUUCCUUCUGACAGUGAUGGCCUAUGACCGCUUUGUGGCCAUCUGCCACCCUCUCCACUACAUGACCAUCAUGAGCCCCCGGCUCUGUGGACUGCUGGUUCUGGGAUCUUGGAUUAUGAGCAGCCUGACAUCCUUGUUACAAAACCUGAUGGUAUUGCAAUUGUCCUUUUGCACAGACUUGAAAAUCCCCAACUUCUUCUGUGAACUACAACUGAUGGUUCAACUUGCCUGUUCCGACACCUUACUUAACAAUGUGGUGAUGUACUUUUCAGCUGUUCUGCUGGGCGGUGGUCCCCUGGCCGGGAUUCUUUAUUCUUACUCUAAGAUAGUUUCCUCCAUACAUGGAAUAGCAUCAGCACAGGGGAAAUUGAAAGCCUUUUCCACCUGUGCGUCUCACCUCUCUGUAGUCUGUCUGUUUUAUAGCACGAGUGUAGGUGUGUACCUGAGCUCUGCUGCUGUCCACAGCUCACGGUCAAGUUCAACAGCCUCAGCCAUGUACACGGUGGUCACCCCCAUGCUGAACCCCUUCAUCUACAGUCUCAGGAACAAAGACAUAAAGAGGGCUUUGAAAACAUUCUUGUUGAAGGGAUCUGCAAAAGGACCAUUGUCCUCUUAA